AAUUUUCGUGUUGUAAAAUAAUGGAUGUAUCGACAAUCACUAUUUGAACACGAAUUACGGUUUAAAUGUGAAGGGGGUUCAUAAAAAGGUUUGUGAAUCAGAGCAUUCACGAGUUCUACGAAGUUUCCACACAACUAAUAUUGUUGAUUUAAGAAUUAGUGCAAGAAACACAAUGGCAGUGAAAACUCAUUAAUUAUAUUUUACUCCGAAAACGUAAUCAUAAUUCGAUAGGUAUACAUUCCUCACUGAACAUCGUCUAUUUACUGCGAGUUAAUCAUGCAAAAACCGGAACAAAACGAAAGAAAAUAUGCGAAAGAGAAAACCACAAAGGAAAAUACGACCGACAUUAAAGUGGCAUUCGAAAUUCUCGAGAAGAACAGAAAUGGUUGUAUUUCAGCGUCCGAUUUGCGAUGUUUCCUAACUUCAUUGGGUUAUAAUAUGACAGAAUGUGAAAUUAUGGAUAUGAUGAACAUAAUAGAUAGUGACGGAAAUAGCGCAAUCGACUUCGAAGAAUUCUACGAGAUGGCAAUAAAAAAGCUUCACGUGUUAUCAGAUGAAGAAAUGGCAAGCCAAACGUACAAAGUGUUCGAUCGUGCAAAAAAAGGACAUAUUUCACUGAGUGAUAUCAGACAUAUUUUCAAUACGUUAAAGCAAUCCUUCAACGAGCAAGAAUUACAGGACAUGCUGUUUCAGGCAGAUUUUGAUCAUGAUGGAAAAGUUAACUUGGAUGAUUUUCUGAAAAUGAUGACAACCGAAUAGGCAAAUAAAAAGGAGAGAAA